CUCACAAACAAUCACCAUGCCAGACCACGAGGGUACAAAAGGCCUUACGACGAUAACGCAGCCUCCAACAUGCCCGAAAACUUCUCCAAGCUCAGCCUCGGCAACACGGAGGACUUUGACCAUGUUCUAGCGACCAUCUCUGCGCACGCGGCGAGUGUCGCCAACCGCAAACUCGCCGCGCAGAGCGGCAAAAGUGGGCCUGAUGCGAAGCAGGUCGCGUCUGAUGCGCUAGACCAGUGGAUCCAAGAGAGCCGACGCCGGAUGGAGCCGAACCUAGAGGUCAAUGGCAUGGAGUUCAAGAACGCCCUGAAGCAAAAAUACUCUGUCGAACCCUUUGACGAGGUCUUGUCAAAGAGGGUACAGACGCUCACAGAGACGACGGAAAAGCUUACAGAGGAAGCGAUCAUCAGUCGCAAAACGAUCCCUUCCCAGCGCGCUGAGGCCAUUCGCAGACGAGAGAGGCUGUGGGCAGACGUCGAGCUCGCUCGUCUCGCCAGCAAGCGCACUAUCAGCAGAGUUGAACAGGACCAGCCGCAGGACAACCGUCCAUUUAUUGAUGUCCCACGCAAGCAAGACCAAAAGCGUGCUCUAGAAGAUGCACUCGCCGAGGUGUCCUCGCUCCAGAUCUCGCUCCUACAACAGAGCACCUCUGCGAGGGAAACAUCCUCAUUGGUCAAGCGCUUGCGCACACGUUGAUGACACGAUACCCCCGCGUUUUUAAUGAAGCAUUCGCAUUUGACUCGCAUUGCUACACUGUUGUAUAUCGCACUCAUGACCUUGCAAUGAUCUACAUGAAGCUCUCGUG